AUGACUGCACAGGGAUUGAUUCUUAUUUUUUUGCUUCAAUACCAAGUCAUUCGAGGCGGUGACGUGGGCAUUUACGCCAAGGUGGGCGAUGUGGCUACUCUACCCUUGAAACACGGCCUAGUUCAGGCCAGUUCGACCAGAAGUCAACGUUUGGGCCUGAAGGAUAACUGCUCGCUCCUCAUCCAGCGGUUGACAGCUGAAGAUGCCGGUUACUACACGUGUGAUCCGCAUGAACAGAAGGAAAGGGUUUAUUUGACGGUGUUGACAGUGACAUCAUCUCCUGCAAUGAGAGGUGGUGAGGUUGACCUCAAGUGUUCCCUGACCCACUGGUAUGCUGGCCGAUGUUUUUUUGGAAGGUUUCUUGGGAAUUUUCACUGGCUGAACGAGGAAGGCCAGGAACUUCCAACGAAUCAAGACCUGCAGGACAACUGCACGUCCACUUUAAAAGUACUUUCUGUCGACCAUUACAGGAAUUUCACAUGCCAGUACAGGCAGAAUAAUAGGGUGAUCGUCCAGACCCAGUACACAGUUAACCUAUCUAGGAUGAACACCUGGAUAAUCAACGCCAUUCGUGUAGUUGCUGCCAUUCUAAUAUUUAUCCUCAUUUGCGCACUCGCCAUCGACGUCAUGGUGAAGUCCAGAAGAAAUGCGGGCUGACCUACCAACAGGCUAUAAUGACAAUCAGGCAUUUGCUUCCUACCCAAGAUUUACAGCAAGCAUUGCUCAUUUCAUCAAGUCGGUUCAACCACCAAGGCGUCCUAACUGUGCUUCAUUUGUUCCUUCUACGCCAGGGGUUGUUAUGCAUGUUUACGUGGCAAAUACUGAGCUUGCAACUAACUUGUAAAAUGGGCUUCAUGUUUCUCUGUUUUUUGAAAUGCAAAACCGCUUUUGGCACAGUUAUAAAUAAAGCACACAAUAAAACAACAGGUUCCACACACACAGUGGUUAGCACAUUCCCCUCAGUUCUGAGAUCCAAGGGUUCAAUCCUGGGCAUCGAGCAGUGAUAGGAACCGGUUCUAACACUUCGAUGCUCACGGAAUCGUCCGAAUUUUAAAAUUUCGAUUCCUUGUUUCAAUGCCCUGACCGCCGAGUGGAAAAAAAUUGCUCGAGUUCAAAGGACUGAUAUAAGGCUGCAGCUAUCGAUUAAUUUUAGUAGUCGAUUAAUCUAUCAACUAGUUAGUUCGAAUAAUCCAGUAAUCGGAUCAUCUGAACAUUUAAUGCGUUGCAGAAUAAAGUUCAGGAGAUGCAAAACAAAGGCUUGCUACGAUUGCAAUUUCAAAAGAGCAUUAAAUGCGAAUACAAAAUAAAAUUCCCUGUGUUUCUUCAAAAUAUUCAGAAUUGUACUUUCAUUUAGAAAAGAAUUAAAAUAACUGACUUUAGCGUCAAAUGGCAUCAAAAAUAAAUAAAUGAGCAUCAACGUACAACAAAAGAAUUGGCUGACUUACAUAGCAAAAGUCCGCUAGCUUAAAUGCUAUAAAAUACUAACGUAUUUUCAAAAUGCUCUUGAAUCGUUCAAACACAUAUUUCCACAAAAACCGGCUAAAUACACCUAGAAACUAAAUUACGUAUGCUUUAAAAAAAAACAUUAGCUCAAACAAAAACUUACCUUAUGUUGGUCUCAACGGGAAGCAGCUGAAUUCAGCCAUGUUAAAUGAGUUAUUUCAUAUUCACUGUUGCCAAUAGAGGGCAGUGUAUCCACCCAAACCAAUAAAACUAAAUGCAAGCACUUUCAAAACAAACUACUACAAUGCCACUCUGAUUAAAUGAGUACUCAAAGCAGCAAAAUUUGAUUCGAAGCUUUUUUUCCUAAUCGAUUACUCGAGUUAAUCGAUUAAUUGUUGCAACACUAGACUGAUAUUUCUAUACAAGUUAAAAUUAACCUUGUGAGAAGUUCAUUUAAUUUAAAAAGAAAAACAUUGAGAAGUUAACCCUUAAAUAUAACCUAUGCAUUUUUUUACCCUGCAUCUUAAAAGAAUCGGAAUAGAGUCUCGUUCGGAACCGGAAUCGAAACGUGGAAUCGAAAUCCGAACCGGAAUCGUCCAAUUUCAAACAAUGCCCAACCCUACCCCUCGUGUGCUCUCACCUCCAGAUUGGGUUUUGCUGUUUAAAUAACAUUUUUUUUUUUUAAAUGCCCUCCUGUUCAAAAUCCGCCCCCCCAGAUUUUAUGCUUUCCAAUGAUGUAUCACACAUGCAUAUCAGACAGUUUUGAAAGUUGGCCAAAUUGGGGGUCUCACAGCGGAACUUCAAGUUACCUGAGUGUUUUCUGCCGUAUGUAAAUCUGACGUUAGCAGAUUGCUCUUAUUGGAGAUACGUGUGUGGCAGCGUGACAGUUUUUUAAAUAUUUUUUUAAACAUGGUGUUUUAACAGUUGCCGUUAUUUUUCAGGAUCAAAGCACCGUAUGCUGGAACGACGGUCCGGCCCGUACCGGCCAACUUUCACCCCUAACUAUCACCCAUAUUUUGUAAUAUGAGACUUACUUUACUAACCAGUUUCAUUUCACUAUUUUCAUACUUUAUUUAAAUAUGUAACAAUUUUGGCCAGUACAUGAGAUAUAAAUGAACAAACAUCAUGUGUAGUUUUUGAUACAAUUCAUGGGAUCAUUUCUUUUCUCUUGUUCACCUCCUUACACGAAAUGUUUUAUUUUAUUUUUGUUUUAAAGCUGUUAAGUUUGUUUUAAAGCUAUUUUUUAACUUCUUAGCAGAUAGCUAUUCCACUUUUGAAUCAGUCUAAUGUCGAAUCACUAGUCAUAUGCCAAAAUUUUUUAAAGCUCUAUUUUAUGGCGUCUGCGGUAAUAUUUAAAAGGAUUAAUAAAAUAUUUUUUACUAAUAAUUAUAGCUUCAGAAAAUUUGUUUUAACAUGAAAUUAGUUUUAAAAAAUCUUCCUCAAGUAGGGCUUAAUGUGAACCCAGCAAUCAACUUCACCCUAUUCAUGAAUUAUAAUAAAAAUAACUAUUUUAGUCUGACUUUU